UUGGGCGGGUGUUUGUCGGGCGGUGUCCAAGUCCAGAGAGUUGGUUAUACUCCCGGUGUAAGGAGUCGAGGCCCCCCGGGGACAGGAUGCCGCUUGUUGCCCGCUCCAUUGAGCCACGCCACCUGUGCCGGCAGAAACUGCCGCCUGCCCGCAAUGAAUUGGAGUGUAUGACCAACAUCACUCUGUCCAAUGUCAUCCGACAGCUGGGUAGUCUCAGUCGCUAUGCGGAGGACAUAUUUGGAGAGCUGUUCACUGAGGCAAGUCUUUUUGCUCACCGUGUUGGAACCCUGGGGGAGAGGGUGGAGAAGCUACAGGUCAAGGUGACACAGCUGGAUCCCAAAGAGGAAGAGGUCUCUCUUCAGGGUAUAAAUACAAGGAAGGCGUUUCGCAGUAACACCUCACAAGAUCAACAGCUGUUCGUUCGUGACUCUCUGUCGCUCCCUGUGCAUGAGACUUACAUCACCUGUAACAUGCCACCUCCACUUAAUAUCCUGUCACCUUACAGGGAUGAUGGGAAGGAAGCUUUGAAAUUUUAUACAGAUCCAUCCUAUUUCUUUGAUCUGUGGAAGGAGCAGAUGUUACAAGAUACCAAGGAUAUCAUGAAGGAGAAGCGCAAGCAUAGGAGAGAGAAGAAAGACAAUCCCAAUCGUGGAAACGUGAAUCCUCGCAAGAUCAGAACUCGAAAAGAUGAAUGGGAAAAAAUGAAAAUGGGACCGGAAUUUGUGGAAGCUAAAGACAAGCUUUUGAAUGCAGGUACUCAAAAUGGAUCUGUUCAUUCCAUUGAUGGUAUGGAUGUGAUUCAGUAUCCGCCACCACCUCCAUAUGAAGACUCCUCGCCAAGUCCUCCUCCAGUUCCUGAUGACUCUCUGCCACCUCCUCCCAUGGACUUUAGUAUGCCUCCAUCUUCAAAUCGUGCCAGCCUGGUUAGCCCUGCACAUCCACCUCCAGCUCCACCUGUUGGUUCCCCAAUAGGGGGGCGACCAAGUUUCUCGCCUCCACCUGCUCCUCCUCCCCCACCUCCUUCUGGUGUACUUCCUGACCCAUCCUACCUUCCUCCCCCAUCCCCACCUGCUUGUCCUUCUAUCCCUGGAUUUCCUGCUCCUCCCCCUCCUCCUGUUCCUACUCUAAUGGAUUAUCCUCCCCCUUCUCCUCUCUCUCCUGCACCACCACCACCUGCAGGAGGCCCUCCACCCCCGCCUCCACCACCUCUUCCACCACCUCCACCAGGUCCUCCACCUCCUGGCCCUCCUCCCCCUUCUUCCUACACGCAACCUGAAGGAGAAUCUUCAUCAGCCAGUUUGAAGCCAAAAGCUGCUCCUGCACCUGUAAGCGAUGCCCGGAGUGAUCUUCUGUCAGCUAUCCGGCAAGGUUUCCAGCUGCGUAAAGUGGAGGAGCAACUGGAGCAUGAGAAGAAGGACAUUGGAGGCAAUGAUGUGGCCACAAUCCUUUCUCGACGCAUUGCAGUGGAAUACAGUGACUCAGAGGAUGACUCUUCUGAAUUUGAUGAGGAUGAUUGGUCUGAUUGAGGAUGGGGAUGGAAAUGCACUGUUUGUAACUGAUGACAAAAUAGGAUAAUGCAGUUAUGGGUUAGAAGUGAGAUUUGGCAUUUGCAAAUCAAUUGGAGGCUUAACUAUUAUAUCUGAUAUUGUCACCAUAUGUUUGUUUUUGGGUGCAUACUAUAAAUAGGUGAAUUUUCAACAAACAGGUGCCCUUUGUCUAAUGACGUUCAGCAUUGGGGCAUUAACACAUUCCUAAAUAAAUCAUAACGACAUUUUAAUUUGUGUAUUCCCUCUCUGCCCUACAACGUGUGUUCCUGGAGGUCUAGCAGUAAUUCCAUAGCAUACAAGAAAACAUACCCAGUUGUUAAUGACUAAGGUUAUAUACUUUUUAGUUUUAUUACAGUUUUGGCCUACAGGAGAAUGAGAACAAUACAACUCUGUGCCUUGACUUGCCUUCAGCCGUUUUCAGGAACCAGUUCGCUAUAAACACAACUAGCUUAUUUAAAUAUCCAGUUUAAAUGGAAAACCACUAGUUACACUUCCGUACAUUAUAAUCAUUAAAUAAUGUUCAGAAGUAUUAUGAUUAGAGGAACGCAAUAUUUACGUUCAAAAGUGAGACAAAAAUUUUAUAUAUGGCUAUCUGUAUAAAGUAUACAUACUUUAUACACACGGAACAACCGUGUAUUUGUGUAAUUAGUGCUGACUUACUGUUUGUCAACUUGAUAAUUAGACAUUUGAAAUUCUGGUGCAUGAUAUAGACGAGUUAAAGGACCACUCUAGUGCCAGGAAAGCAUACUCGUUUUCCUGGCACUAGAGUGCCCUGAGGGUGCCCCCACCCUCAGGGACCCCCUCCCGCCCGGCUCUGGAAAGGGGAAAGGGGUAAAAACUUACCUUUUUCCAGCGCUGGGCGGGGAGCUCUCUUCCUCCUCUCCGCCUCCGUUCCUCCCCGUCGGCUGAAUGCGCA